ACAUUACGGUAGUUUCACUCUAAUCAAAAAGGAACAGUCACAUGGUAGGCGGGUCUAGUUUUAGCGUUUUGUUUCUUUCUAUACACUAGCUAAAUAAUUGAAAAGGGAAUACAUACGUAUUUUACAAGUUUUUCAGAUCAGAGAGAAGAAUUAUCAUAACCUGAAAAAUGUCAAAACCUGAAGGUCCGCCUCCAUCUUACCAACAGUCUGGCUACCCUCCCCAGACUGGGUACCCCCCACAGGCUGGUUACGCUCCACAACAAGGCUAUGCACCGCCGCCACCACAAGGAUAUACACAACAGUCAUCUAAUGUUGUUGUUGUUACCCAGCCACAGCAAGUUGUCGCCGUUGGAAGUUGUCGAGUCUGUGGGGUUGGUCAUGUUUCAGAAAAUUUCACAGGACUGGGUAUUAUUCUGGCGAUUUGUUUCUUUCCACUUGGAGUUCUGUGUUGUUUCCUUUUGAUGGAAAAGAGAUGUGAUAGAUGCGGAGCAUCAUUUUAAUGACACAUGUUUUGGGCCUCAUUAAGGGCAUCAUUUUUUUGACGUAUUUCAGACUGUUUUAUACAUCAAAUAGUCGCAUUCAUUUUAAAUAAACAAAACGAUGAUAUAAAAUCUAUAUCUGACAUUAGUUUAUAUCAAAAGAACUGAAAUUUGUACAAAAAAAAACAAAACAAAACAAAAACAAAACAUUUAUAUUAAUAUUGAUUCUGUGCACCAUUCCAAAGCGUCUUGUUUGUUUGUACUAUAUUAUUAUAAUUGUGGAAAUAAAUACAGUUUAAGCCAAAGCGUCUCGGACAGACGAUUUACCAUAUGUUUGUGUUUGCGGGUGGCUUUACUGAUAAUACUAUUCGCUCGGUAUGCAUAUAUGUGUUAAUGCUAGCAUUUAAACGAUAGACUUACAGAAAAUGGUAAUUCAUCUUACUGCCACAAAAUGUACUAAAAAGCCAAAUACUUCCAAUGUGAAAGCCUGGAGAAACACCAUAGUUGACAAUGUGAAACAUUUUCAUAAUCGAAAAAAUGAAUUCAAAAUUAUGCAGGAUUGACAGUUCAAUCAAGUCAAUUUGAAAAAGUUGAAACAUAGUUGUAAAAAGUCUAUAUUCUUUUUGUUCUUGAGGUGUUAAGAAACCAUGUUGUGUUCAUUAUCAUUUAUUGGAAGACCAAUAUUAGUUUUAAGGCAAAAGUUUAAUUUUAAGGUAGUAAUUUUAAUAAAACACAAAAAUAAAGUUUCAUACAUCCAAA